UUAUCGUUUGUUGAGGAGGUGUCUCGACCUACGUAACUUGGCUUGCCUAACGCCUAUGCCCCUCUCCUAGCAACUCGCAAUGACCAUGAAGGUGAACCACGUAACGCCGUUUCUGAUUUUUCGACUCUAAAUUGUCUUCAAAAGUUCCAAAAUUUAUUGAAAUUCGUCAAAAAUGAACGGGAAUUUUUUAAGAACUUUCAAAAAUGAGCACAGUUUUAGCAACAUGUGCCGCAUUUGCCUGGCUUGGAAUGGGGACUGUAUGCCUUCAAUUUUUGACUCGUUGAAAAGUGAUAAUUCCAUUCCGAUAAUUGAAGUGAUCAACAAUUUGACCAGCAUAAGUAUCAAGGAAGGAGAUGGACUACCUGAACGUAUCUGUGACGGCUGCCUCACCGCCAUUGAAAGGAUCAUUGAAUUCAAACAGCUUUGUGAACAAACUGACAGUAACUUGAGGAACUUUCUCCUGUCCCUGAAUGGAAAGAAUGGCUGCAAGACCACAAACGACGAAGGUGACAAGGAAAAUGUUCAGACAAAACAAGUGGAAAACGACGUCUACUCGAGUAUCAGUGAGAGAAUUUGCGUGGAAUCCGAGGUGGUGGUAGUCGAUCCCAGCUCCUCCGUUUAUGAUGAGAAUCAGAAUCAAUCCGUCGUCUACUAUAACCAUCCAACUGCUAGCAGUGGUCGCACUGAACAGGAAUGGAGCAACGAGCCUGCUGCAACUGGCAGCGGCGGUCACUCGGUGUUCGACUGGGAGGCCGGCGACAAUGCCUCCGAAUUCGUGCAGAGCAGCUACGACACAGUCGAGUCGUUCACCUACGACAAACUCGCUUCGUCAGGUCACGGCAGCGGCUAUCUGCCGCGCGCUGCCUCGGUCCACGGCAGCGAUGAUGAUGACGUCAUUCCGCUGGAGACAUUCACGUGUCGCAUUUGCAACAAGGAGUUCCAUACCCAGAAGUGGUUGGAACGGCAUGAACAGUUGCACGAUGAUACGCAGCCCUACCCGUGCGACUACUGCUUCCGUUCGUAUGCGACAAUGGCCGAGCUGAGCGAACACUGGCGCGAUCACGCCGAAGGCCGCGACUUCUGCCGGCUGUGCGGCGAACCGUUUGCAGACAAGUCGCUGCAGCGGCAACAUGUUGCGAGGCACUUUGCUGCCAGCCAGCAACAAGUUGCGCCGGCCAAGGCCAGGCUGCCAGCUGCUACUGAUUCGUGUGAGCAGUGCCUGACGGGCUUCGGCAAUGUUGCCGAUAUGCAGCUACACAUGAUCAAGUGUCAUCCCGGCAGGAAUGUGGCGGCCUCAGCACCUCCGGACCCGUCGUCGGCCGACUCGAGCGAGCACAGGUGCCGCAUUUGCCAGAAGACAUUCGGCCGUCGCUCGAACCUGAUGAAGCACAUGCUGGCGCUGCACAGUGGCUUCCGGCCGCACCGCUGCUCCACCUGCAAGAACGCAUUCGCCUCCAAGGCCGACCUCGCCCGCCACACCAGCACCCACACCGGCGAGCGACCCUACUCCUGUCAUGUGUGUCUCUACUCAUUUAGUCGCCGCGACAAGUUGGUUCGUCACAUGCGCACGCACUCGAGCGAGCGGCCGUACUCGUGCGAGUUGUGCGCCACACGUUUCAAGUGGUCGGACAAGCUGCUUCGGCACAUGCGCAGUGCGCAUCCAGAGCACGAGUCAGUGUUGGCGCUGACGCAGCUGCAGCUCUACAAGUGCAAGCAAUGCACCGACUCGUUCAAGACGCGGCUCGAGUUGGCCAGGCAUUCGAUGCAAGCGCACGCAGCCAGCGAACAGCCUGUAGUUGCCUUGAAUCGGAUGGAGCAUAGCUCGGAAUCAGCCACUGUGAGAAAUGAGAGCUGACGGCAACUGAGACGUCGAUAACCAAAAAACACUCCAACUGCAAUCAUUAUGCUAUAAAAUCACCUGGUUUCUUAAUUAUCACUCCAUUCGUCUGUACUACAUACUCUGUGAUCUUGACCGUUGGAAUUCGAACUGAACAACAAAAGAGCACUACUCGAGUACUCGGUGGUUGAGGAAGGUUGGCGAAGCCACCGAAAAUUACCGGUAAAUAAUAAUAUCUUCUGUCAACCGCCUAGUUAGUUACCCUACACAUAUGUACAAUUUUAAAGGGGUUCUGAACACCAAUAUUUGCUAGAAAUGUAUGAUCUCUGUAUGAAUGUUGUAUAUUUUUUGCACUAUAACAUUAUUUGUUUUCGAAAUUGUUCUUAUUGUGACAAUGUUUGAGGUAUUCAAGUGAAAAUAUUAGUUUUUAAUUAUCUACUAUUGUAGUAAGUUACAUUGUAUGCCUGUAUCAUUUUUCACACAAGCUGUUCUGUUUAUAAUAAAUUAUUAUCUUUGAAAUAACUGAUUGAACUUGAGAUUUUUAGUUGUUGAAUUAAGAUUUGACUAACGUUAGUAGCAAUUAAUAUUUUCCUCUAUUAUUGUGGCAAAUUUUCUUCUUUAUUUAGUCCUGUUUGCAUUUUCAACAUGAUGUCCACAUGAGCCCUAGGUUUGUGCUUGGGUAAUAAGGGUAAGAUGAUGAUGAUGAUGAGAUUAAUAUUAUUUCUAACCAUUUUUAACAAUGCUUUAUCUUUAUAGUACCGGUAUUAAAACAUACAUUCAUCAUUCUUUAUUUAUCAGUAGCCUAUAUUAAAAAUUAACAAAUUUAAAUAAUGUGAUAAUAUCUCCUUACUUUCAAAACUAAGACUGCGUUCUUUAGAUGUAAAUUCCUUGUAAUAUUUUCCAAUAAUUUUAUGCUAGUAAUUUUGUAUUAUUUGUGACCGUUCAAAAUUAUUUUAAUGUUCGUAAUUCGUUGCCUUAAUGGUAUUAUUAUAUUUAUUCUAUUGAUCUAUCUUAUUAUAGUACUGUAUUCCAUACUCAUUUAUUGUUUCAUUUUAGUCUAUAAUUCUUGUAUUUUUUCAUUCGCUGAGUUGAAUUUUGAUCAAAUUUAUGCUUCCUCUUCUCUGCUUAUCUAUUGAGUUGAUGAUUAUUACAAAUUUUUAUUUCUAUGAUUACACUGAAUGCCAUUAUAAUAAAUAAACAUUAUAAUAUUG